AUGCUAAAGAAUGGUCAGAGCAUCCUGAUUUGUGACCUUCUGCCCCCCAAUUACCGCAAAGCUCAGCUGACUGAAUGGCAGUCUUCUCUCAACUCCCUAAAUAAGCACCUUGAUACCUACCACAUGGACUGCAUGAUGCGGAUCCGCCUGCAGUACGAGAAGACGUGGCAGGAGUGCCUGGCCCACGUGCAGAAGUGCAAGAAGCAGCUGCUGGACUGGAAAGCCUUCACCGAGGAGGAGGCAGAGAGCCUGGUGAGCCCGUACUUCUUCCAGACGGUGGGAGUGCUGCAGAGUGAGGUGGAGGAGAAGCUGGAGCUCUGGGAUAAAUCCUUUGAGGACCUGGCAAAGCAGACAGAAUGGCAGAGCUCGGGUCUCUUCAGCUACUUCCAGGAGGCCGUGCAGCUGUGGGAGGCACAUGAGAGCGUGCUGUCGGCGCAGGAUCUGGAGCUGGAGAAGAGGAUGGAGCAACAGCAGCACAAGCACAGCCUGGAGGAGCAGGCCCAGGAGGCCCACCUUGAUAAGCUCUUGGACCAACUGAGGCAGCAAAGCCACGAAGAAACACUGAAGAUUCACCUGGAAAAGGCCAAAGAUUUCCUGAAGAAUAUGAAAUACAGGUAUGAGUGUUUCCACAAGCUCCUGACAAAGGAGGUGAUGGAGUACCCCGUGAUCAUACUGAAAGAACUGAACUCCUAUAGCUCCACUCUCAGCCGACACUUCUACGUUCGCGAGAUCUUUGAACAGACCUUGGAUGGGGAAGUCAUUUUCAAACUCAGGGAACCAGAAGCACACGAAAAGCACUUCCAGGAGAGUAUGAGAAAAUGGAGAAGCAAGCAGAGGGCUAAAGUGGAAAUGAGCAAAAGUGAGGAAGGUGAAAGUAGCGGGACAAGUCCCUCCAGGCCAGCAGAAGAGACAGAAGAAGAUGACCAAGGAUUUGAGUCUUCCUUAACUGAAGAGAUGGCAGUGAGCCAGCAGGAACAGUCUGUACUGAGUGACAAGAUGGAUGAGUCCAGUGAGGAAUCUGUUCAGGAAUCAGAAAAAAUGCAAGUUGAAAGAGACAGCUCCUUAAAAUCAUCCCUGAACCAGGAAAAUGUGAUGGUUCAAGAAGAGGAGAUGGAGGAGGAGAAAAGGAAGGAGGAGGAAGAGAAGGCAAAGGUGGAGGAGAGGGAGAAGGAGAAGAGGAAGAAGAAAAAGAAGAAGAAGGAGGAGGAGAAAGAGGAGGAGGAGGAGGAAGAACAUGAGAGUUUAUUUAUGGAUGAGGCUGAAGCCCAGGAAGAGAAUCUGGGGAAGAUCUCCGAUGAGGACAUGGAGUCCUUCACAACCUCCAGCGGACACACUUAUUUUGUCUUCCUAACCCUGGAACAAAAAGAAGAGAGUUGCAAGAAGCCCCAUUCCAACCUUUCUACCAUUCUCAUCAAUGACAUUUCCAGUGCCAACUUCCUAGAACAAGUGAUCAUUCCAUCUAGACUAGUUUUACAAAUUAAGAAACAACUUCGAGCUGGCUUUUUCGACCACCUAGAGAAGUGGUUUGACCAAUGUGUCCUCAAAACCCGGGUCAUGGUGACCACCAAGAUCAAUGAGCUGGAAUCAGAAUUGGAGCUGCGUCAGCAUCUGCAUGAGCCAAGAGCCAAGCGCAUUGAAAAGGACAUCCAUAAUGUCAGGGCAGCUGAGCUCUUGCUUCAUCAAGAGCGGCUGGACAGCCACUGUGCUGGGGUGACUGAGACGCUAAGGAAGGAGAGGCUGAUGUUCUGCCAGUUCCAAGAAGAGCAAAACAUAAAGAGCAAAAACUUCCGCCGCAAGAUUUACGACAUGGAGCACAUCUUCUUGAAUGCCACAAAGAGCCAGAGGCUGGUUAGUCUCAGCAGCACGCUGCACCGGGAGCUGCUUAGCUAUGUUGAUGUCAUCCAGGUGUCCCUGCGCAGCUUCCGCCAGUACUUGGAGGAGAGCAUGGGCAAGCUUCGCUUAACCAACAUUGAGUUCAUCAAGCACUGCAGAUUGUUUUCUGAGGGAGGCAACUUUUCUUCUGAAGAAAUUGACUUAGUGUGUCAUCGACUGGAGAAGGAAGCUUCCCGAAUAGAGUUUGUUGAAAGUUUAAUCAUGAUCAACAUGGAGAAGAUGGAGAGUGAAUACCUGGACCAGGCCAAUGAUGUCAUCAACAAGUUUGAAAGCAAAUUCCAUAAUCUGGCUGUGGACCUUAUUUUCAUAGAGAAAAUCCAGCGGUUGCUGACAAAUCUACAAGUGAACAUCAAGUGUGAGGUAGGACAGAUUCAUUCUUCACCUGCAUGCUAG